AUGAGAUCAAGAGCCUCAAGCCAAAAUUUACAACAAAAAACGUUAAAUUCAGAAUCAAAUACGCCAUUAAAAGAACCAAAACAAGAACCACCAACAAAUUUUAAUGAUUCUCUUUGUUCCCCUUCUGAUAUUUCAACAAAUGUUUGUUACUGUAAUGGAGAGCGCAAACUUGGAGGUUUGGAAGUACAAUGUUCUGGGUGUAAAAGAUGGUUUCAUCAAGAAUGUUUCAAAGAUUUAGAAAAUUUUGGUGGUCUUCCAUUUAUGGUUUCCUAUAUGUUUUGUUGUAGGGGUUGUUCACCUGAAAACAAGGAGAAAUGGAAUAUUCGAAGCACAAGUUAUUCUUCAAUGGCUGUAAUGGCAUUAGCUAACAUGACACUUGAAUAUUUUAUAAAACAAUAUGGCCUUUCAAACAUUUCUUCAAUCAAAGGCCCUAAUCCUUUCUUUUCAAUUGAUCAAGAAAUUGUGCAAUAUAUGGACAAAAAUUGGAUAUUUAAAAGAGGCAGAGAUGCUGCAGAAAGAGAAGCAAAUUCUUUACAAAUUUCUGAACAACAAAUUUAUCAUUCAUUAAAUUUAGAAAAUUUUAGUGAAGGGCCAAAAACAAGAGGAGCAAGUAAAAGAAAAGCAGCUACUUCAAAUAAUGGAGAAGGAUUGGAUACAAAAAUUAAUUUAAAUAUUCCUUUACAGAAAAAAGCAAAAAUAGAUCGUUUUGACAGAGAAGAAGUAAAUAAUACUAGAGCUGUCCAAAUCCCUUCACAUAUUCACAGAAUUGUUAUUCCCCAAAUAGUAACACUUUCACCAAAUGAUAGAGCUAAUCAAUUAAUUUUGGAUGCAGACAAUUUAACUUUAACUGGAUGUGAUGGUUAUUCUUCUGUUAGGGCAACACAUUCUGUUGGUCAUGGAAAGUGGUAUUUUGAGAUGGAAUUUUUAAGUCAACCCGGAGAUUCACAUGUUCGUGUUGGAUGGGCCCAAGCUUUUUCUCCAUUACAAGCUUGUAUUGGAUAUUCUAAAUUUAGUUAUAGCUGGAGAAGUAAACGAGGAACUGUUUUUAAUGAUGGUUAUGGUCGGAGGUAUUAUCAACGAGGAUUUAAACAGGGAGACACUAUCGGUUGUUUAAUUGAUUUACCUUCCUUGAAUGUUGAAAAAGCUAAUAAUGUUGCCACAACAAUCAAAAUUUCAGAUAUUUUACCUCCUUCGUGGAAAGAUUGUGAUUUAAUUAAAUUUAAACAAAAUUAUUUUUUUGAAGAAAAAGAAGAAAUACAACAAGAAAUUCAAAAAUUACAGCUUCUUCCAAAUUCUAAAAUUGAAUUUUUUCUAAAUGGGCAAAGUUGUGGAGUAGCUUUUCAAAAUAUAUUUACUGGCCAUUACUUUCCCGCCGUUUCUUUAUUUCAUUCUGCACGUGUUCGACUAAAUUUUGGACCAAUUUUUCGAAGAAUUCCAGAAUGUGUCAAAAAUGGUAAUGUUAAACCAAUGAGUGAAAGACCUAAUCAAAUGCAAAUAGAACAAGUUUUGGCUGAUAUUUUAUAUAUGGUUGUUAAUGAAGAAGAAUUAAAUAGAAGGAAUGUAGAUUUUUUCAAUGCAAUUUUAAUGAAAGAAAAGGUUUAA